UGAUGCCUCAGAUCAUGAAUUUACUUCCUCAACUUCCUCAUCAACCACAGCUGCUGCAGACAGUAUGCUAUGUAAUUGGGGCUUACUCAAAAUGGCUCGAUACUGCACCAAGUGGACCUUCAUUCUUGUCGCCUCUUAUAAAUAUUCUUGUUAGCGGUAUGAGUAUAUCAGAGGACACUGCAGCUGCAGCUGCUGUGGCUUUUCGUCAUAUAUGUGAUGACUGCAAGAAAAAACUAUGUGGGUCCUUGGAUGGUCUUUUUCAAAUAUACCAAGGGGCAAUGAUUGGAGAAGGUCCUUUCAAGGUUUCUGCAGAAGACUCGUUGCAUCUAGUCGAGGCUCUUAGUAUGGUCGUCACGGAACUUCCUUCGGAACAUGCUAAGAAAGCCUUGGAGGCACUAUGCUUGCCCACUGUUGCUCCUUUACAGGACAUCAUCAAUCAAGGCCCUUUAGUACUGGGACAGAAGCCUGCUCGAGAUUUAACUGUUCAUAUAGACCGAUUAGCAAAUAUAUUUAGACAUGCGAAUCAUCCAGAGGCUGUUGCAGAUGCUGUUCAAAGACUCUGGCCAAUCUUCAAAUCAAUCUUUGAUAUUCGUUCUUGGGACAUGCGAACUAUGGAAUCUCUUUGUCGAGCGUGCAAAAAUGCGGUGAGGACCUCUAAAACUCUUAUGGGGGUUACAGUUGGUGUAAUACUCGAAGAGAUACAAGCUUUGUACAAACAACAUCAGCAACCUUGUUUCCUCUAUCUCUCUAGUGAAGUUAUUAAGAUAUUUGGUUCAGAUCCAUCUUGUACAAACUAUUUGACAAUCUUGAUUGAAUCUCUUUUCAACCAUACAACAUCUGUGCUUACAAAAGUUCAGGACUUCUCUUCCCGACCCGACCUGGUAGAUGAUUGUUUUUUAUUAGCAUCAAGAUGCAUCCGUUAUUGUCCGCAAUUAUUCUUUACAUCUCCUGUAUUCCCCUGCUUGGUGGACUGUUCUAUGAUUGGCAUCACCGUGCAGCAUAGGGAGGCCUCCAAUUCCAUACUAAAUUUCCUAUCAGAUGUUUUCGAUCUUGCAAAUUCCACUCAGGGGAAGCCUUAUGUACCCAUCCGGGACAAUGUGAUUAUUCCAAGAGGAGCCGUCAUCACCAGAGUUCUUGUAGCUGCUCUAACAGGAGCACUUCCAAGUUCACGACUAGAAACGGUAACCUACACGCUUCUAGCUAUUACACGAGCCUACAGUUCAAAGGCGUUAGAGUGGGCAAAAGAUGCCAUUUCCUUAAUUCCAUCAAACGCCGUGACAGACGUGGAAAGGUCAAGAUUCCUACAAGCUUUGUCAGAUGCGAUGUCUGGUGCAGCUGUAAAUGGCCUGACGACUCCAAUCGAAGAAUUAUCCGAGGUCUGUAGACGUAAUAGAUCCGUUCAAGAGAUUGUUCAAGGAGCUUUGAGGCCUCUCGAACUGAACAUGGUUUCUGUAUCAUAGUUGGUGAGUGACAGAGAAGGGCUAUUUUUUUCUCUGCCCUUGUCUUCGGUUUCGGUUGAGGCAACCUUUUUGUUUCACUUCCAUCUUUGUAUAUUGUUCAUUUGCCAUUUCAUAUAGUUUGAAUGAGGGUGAGAGGUUGUGUUGUUGUGUUUUAUUUUCAAAGAUGAAACAUAAUCUAUUUAUUGUGAAGGAUAGCUUUAAUACGGCA